AUGGCGCUUUGCUUAUGGUCUAAGGCUACAAUAGUCUUAGGUACUAUACCAAGAGCUCACAAUUUGGUCGCAUUCAAAAGUGCUACAAGGCAAUUCUUUGACUGGGGUGGAUUAUCUAAUGAAGCCAAGGAACAGAGGUACGUCUUGUUGAAAUCCAUAAAUUCGACACCAGAAAAAGUCUAUUAUGUAGUUUCUGAGGUUUCGGAAUAUCAAAAAUUUGUUCCAUAUUGUAUGGAAUCCUUUGUCAAUAAAAGAGACCCUAUAGAUGAUAAACCUAUCGAAGCUGGCUUAAGAGUUGGAUUCCGCCAAUACGAUGAGAAGUUUUUAUGUGAUGUGAAAUGCUCAAAACAGGAUUCGCAAUAUAAGGUAGUUGCUAAUUCAGUAUCACAUAAUUUAUUUCAUUUACUAUAUGGAGAAUGGACGAUUAAACCUCAUCCUCAAAGGCGAUCUUCAACACAAGUGGAAUUAUUACUUAGGUUUAAAUUUAAAUCAAAAUUAUAUGACAGUGUUUCCUCUCUAUUUGCUAGGAGCGUCACUGAACUUGUCAUGAAGGCAUUUGAAAGGAGGGUCUUUGAACUGAAAAGAGCUUCUUCGAUGCAAGAUAUGAACAAGAGAAAUACGAUCGAAAACUAG